AUGGGAAAGACAGCAGUGUUUGUGCUGUCGAUACUGCAGCAGCUGAACGUGGACAGCAGCAGCAGCAGCGCAGCAGCAGCAGCAGCAGCGAGCGCGGGGAGCAGCGGGGGCAACGCGGGCGCUGCGGCGUCGCCGUCCGCGGCUGCGGCGCCCGCAGCGACGAAGCGCAGCGGAGACCCCGCAGCAGCAGCAGCAGACGCAGCAGCAGCAGCAGCAGCAGCAGCAGCAGCGCCGGGGGUGGUGUGUCUGGGCCUGGCGCACACGCGGGAACUCGCCUUUCAAAUCAAAAACGAGUUCGAGAGAUUCAGCAAGUACCUGAAGGGCAUUAAAGUCGAAGUUGUGUACGGAGGAGUUCCUCUUCAGAAGCAUUUGGAACUUUUUGCAGAUCCAAAAAGAGUUCCUGCAAUUCUGAUUGGAACUCCCGGCAGGGUCUUGGCGCUGCUCAAGAACAAGUGUCUAGACACCUCGAAGAUCGCCCACUUCGUCCUCGACGAGUGCGACAAAUGUCUCGAGAAACUCGACAUGCGCAAAGACGUCCAGGCCAUCUUCGUCGCAACUCCCAAAAAGAAGUGA